CUUCGAGUGUUUCAGUUCUUAUCACGUGCAGAUAUUUUUUUGAUCAGACAUCAUAAAGUGAAAUGAAACAAUAGAUUUGUUAUCGCUAUUUAAAUUGAUAAAACAUUUAUAAUAAGAUUACACAGACUUCUUCUUUGUUUCGCAUCGAUAAAAUAUCGUUAUUUAAAUUGGAAAAAGUAUUUUGUUAAUAUAAUUAAAAGAAAUCACGCAAAAUGACUAUUCGUCAUCACGUUAUAGGAUACGAAAAUUUUUUACAAUUUUUUGAAAAUUUUCAGACCAAAGAAUCGGUCUUUGUAUUAUAUACGGGUACAAAGCUUGAAAAUGGUCAAAGUUGGUGUCCCGAUUGUGUUGAAGCGGAGCCAUUUAUAGAAGCUGGAUUACAAGUACUCUCUGAGACAUCCCAUUUUGUUGUGGUUGAGGUAGGAGAUAGAGCAUUCUGGAAAGAUCCUAAUUGUAUAUUCCGUAAAGAUAGUAAAACUCAAUUGAAAGUAUUACCAACAUUGGCUCAAUGGGGAACUCAAAAACGUUUACAAGGUAGUGAAUGCCAAAAAGAAGAACUUCUUAAUAUGUUAUUCAAAGAGGAAGAUGAUUAAAAUUGGGCUUUUUAUAUGAUGCUAUUAUUAUAUAAUUCAAAAGAGCAUUGAAUAUUAGAAUUACUUUUCUUAUGUGAGAAUGAUUUUUCCAUUACUUUCUUGUUUAUUACUUCUAUUUUAUAAAAGAGAAUCAUUAAAAUAAUUGUAUAUAAGUUAAUUCUUUACUUUAUAAUUAUUUUUCUAGUUAAAAUAAUUUUCAAUUUUAUUGAAAAAAUUCUUUAACACGUUCACGCCGGGGCCGAUUUUCAUUUGCUUUGCUAUGAGGCGGCGCUUGAAUUAAUAUCGCGCUUCAUCUGGCGGCGUACUAGUUGUUUACGAAAAACCAUUAAAUGAUACCGAAAAAUAAUAAUACAAUUAAUAUGCG